UAAUUGAAUUUCUACAGCUGGUUUAUUUGCUAACUGGUGCUGGAACUCACAGGUGGAAAUUCUUAAUUAAAUUUAAUUUUUAUAGAAAUUUGUGUAAUUAUAUUAAAUAAUAGUAGUGAGUUGAAAAAUGGUGCAAAUACAAUAAUAAAUGUUGGUAUACAAUUUAUAAAGGCAAGCAAGAGAUGCAACAAAGUAAUUAGUGUACGUUCAGUGCAUCGUAAGCUGUCGUGAGCAGUCAGGUGGAACACCAGCAACAACAAAUUAGUUAUAAUUGGAAACUACUUGUUCGUUAGUGCAUUUAUGUAAAGUAUUACAACGGUUUUAGAAAAACCAAAAAAAAAAUAUCAAACGACAACCAGUGCUAACUACACAUAACCAGUGAUUUAACGCAAUCGUUGUAACAACAGAUAAUAUUACAAAGCUAGCACAAUGACGAAUAUGCGUCCACCAAACAAAACCAUACUCCUGAAAGUUGUCAUACUGGGGGAUGGUGGCGUAGGCAAAUCCUGUCUGAUGAAUCGCUUUGUUUCGAAUCGUUACGACGAAAACAACUUUCACACAAUUGGCGUUGAGUUCAUGAAUAAAAACAUCGAUGUGGAUGGCGAGAAAUACACAUUACAGAUCUGGGACACCGCUGGCCAGGAGCGUUUCCGCGCGCUACGCACACCCUUCUAUCGCGGCUCCGAUGUGUGUAUGUUGUGCUAUGCCGUCGAUGAUCGCGACAGUUUUCGCGGACUGAAGCAAUGGCGCAGUGAGUUCCUCAACUAUGCCGAUGUAAAGGCGGAUAAGUUUCCCUUCAUUGUUGUUGGCAAUAAGCUCGACAUGGCCGCAAAGUAUCGUCAGGUGAACUACGAAGAAGUGGAACAAUGGUGCCAGGACAAUGGCAUUACCAGUCUAAUUGAGACUUCCUCGAAAGCAGCCAGCAAUGUCACAGACGCAUUCGUAUUGGCCGUACGCCAGUGGAAGCAUAUGGAGCGUGUUGCCGAAAUCGAGUUGCGCCAACAGAGCGAUACUAUCGAUCUAACACGUAGCAUACGUUUGGCGCAAAAUCGUUUCUGCUGCAUUGGCGGUGGUGGCGGCAGUGGUGGCAGCACCACAUCGGCCGAAGCUGAAUUGGAGGAUGAGUCGAUGCGUAGCGACCGCAGUGGCAGUCGUCCGUCGCCGCUACGUUUCGUCAAACAGUCGAAAGCGGCUGCCAGGCAAUCGCAAGCAACGAAUUUUCAGCUGUAAAUUUCAGUUUGUGGAAUGUGAAUUUGUCGCACACGCUCUUUCCUUUUUGUUUCCACUUUAUGCUUUCAUUUGGUAGAAGCCAAAAUUAUAUAAGCGCGUGUUGUUGAAAUUCCAUUGGUUUGAUGAAAGCCAAGUAAAAGCAAGUAAGACGUAAAACAAUGUAUCUGAUAGACUACACCAAAGGCAGUUAAGCGUUUGUCGCGUGUUGAUAGCGUGCGAAUCGAGAAACGUUAUUUAACUUCAUGUGUAAUUCUAAAAACUAAUACGCGAAAUGUAAACUAAAUGUUAGUCAUAAGCUAAAUAAGUUUG